UACCGCUGCUUCUACAAACUACAGCCCGAGAUGACCAGGAGCAUUUACGAUCAGUUUAUAGCCCAGCUGCAGGCGUCCAUCAAGGAGGAGAUCCAGGAGGUAAAGGACGAGGGGAAUCUGGAUAUGCUCUUCAAUUCACUGGAUAAGAUCGUGGAGGAGGCAAAGAACCGGGAGGAGCCUGCAUGGCGCCCCAGCGGGAUCCCGGAGGAGGACGCCCGCGGCGCGCUGGUGCCGUACCUGCUGAAGCACCGGGGCUACCUGCGGAGCGCCCUGAGGGAGAAGGAGGAGGAGAACGGGAGGGCGGCGGCGGCCGUGCUGGCGGGG